AUCAACUGUGUCAUCUUCAACAUUUGUUUUAUAUACAAUAAUCUUCACUUAAUUAAUUCCUCAAAAAAACAACCAUGUCUGGUGUUUGGGUGUUCAAGAAUGGUGUAGUUAGACUCGUGGAGAACCCUGGUCCUGGGUCCAGGCAAGGUGCCUCUCGUGGGAAGGUGCUGGUGCACCUUCCCACGAAUGAAGUGGUCACUUCGUACGCAGUUCUUGAAAGGAUGCUGACGAAUCUAGGGUGGGAACGGUACUAUGAUGAUCCGGACCUUUUUCAGUUUCAUAAAAGAUCCACUGUGCACCUCAUCUCUCUUCCUAAGAACUUCAAUAAACUCAAGUCCAUGCACAUGUAUGAUAUUGUGGUAAAGAACCGGAAUGUGUUUGAAGUGCGAGAUUCUUAGUUAAUCGAUUGUGUUCAUCAGCUGGUUUGGUCUUUUGUUUGAUGUAUGUCGUGGUUGCUGUAGUGUGUUUCAAGAUUUGAUCGAUUAUCCGUGUUCAGUGUUUUCGUUAUGCAAGUUUUUAGGUUUAGGAAGCUGAUUGAUGUUGUGUCAAAAUUAGGGUUUGGUUAAUAUGAUUUCAAGAAUUUGUAAUGAUCAGGAGUGAUUGAAACAGAAAGCAUUUGUACAAAUCACCUAAUAAUUUAUGUUAGUUUUGUUGUAACA